AUGUAUUUACCCACAUACUGCUCAUCAUCAUCGAUACUGAGAGCUUGUAGAAUCCGCACCGCUUCCACCUUAUCUGCUUCUGCUCCUUCAUUUUCAUCUGUUGUCGCUUCUAGAACCUCAGCGAAGCGGGAUUCGGUUCCUUUUUCUUCUCUCUCGAGUGUAAGUUUUCGAUCGCGGAGCUUCUCCUCUUCGCUCCGAUCAUCUGCUCUCCGGUGGAGUCACGGUGUUGACUGGCGAUCGCCUGUCAGUCUUAGAGCUCAGAUCAGAACCGCUUCCCCUGUCCUCGAACGCUUAGAACGCAAGAUCGCAACCAUGGCUUCUGAAAAUCCUUUCAAGGGAAUUUUUACUGCUCUCCCCAAGCCCGGAGGAGGCGAGUUUGGAAAGUUUUACAGUCUUCCUGCUUUGAAUGAUCCUAGAAUUGACAAACUUCCAUAUUCAAUUAGGAUACUUUUAGAAUCCGCUAUACGAAAUUGCGACAACUUCCAAGUUACCAAGGAAGAUGUUCAAAAAAUCAUCGAUUGGGAAAAUUCUGCUCCCAAGCAAGUUGAAAUUCCCUUUAAGCCAGCCCGUGUUUUGUUACAGGAUUUUACUGGAGUUCCGGCUGUGGUUGACCUUGCUUCUAUGCGGGAUGCGAUGAAGAACCUUGGCAGUGACCCUGACAAGAUCAAUCCCUUGGUUCCUGUAGACCUUGUCAUCGACCACUCUGUCCAGGUUGAUUUUGCCAGAUCAGAAAAUGCUGUGCAGGCUAACAUGGACAUUGAAUUCAAGAGAAACAAAGAGAGAUUUGCUUUUCUUAAAUGGGGAUCCACUGCCUUCCGCAAUAUGCUUGUUGUUCCUCCUGGUUCUGGUAUUGUCCAUCAGGUGAAUCUGGAAUAUCUUGGACGAGUUGUUUUCAAUACUGAUGGUAUUCUAUACCCUGAUAGUGUUGUCGGUACUGAUUCUCAUACAACCAUGAUUGAUGGACUUGGUGUUGCUGGAUGGGGGGUUGGAGGAAUUGAAGCAGAAGCAACAAUGCUUGGCCAGCCAAUGAGCAUGGUUCUGCCUGGUGUUGUUGGAUUUAGGUUGUCUGGGAAAUUGAACGAUGGGGUUACUGCAACUGAUUUGGUUUUAACUGUGACCCAAAUGUUGAGAAAGCAUGGUGUGGUUGGCAAGUUCGUUGAGUUUUAUGGUGAAGGCAUGAGCCAAUUAUCAUUAGCAGAUAGAGCAACGAUUGCAAAUAUGUCUCCUGAGUAUGGAGCUACCAUGGGGUUCUUCCCGGUGGACCACGUCACUCUACAAUAUCUUCAAUUAACUGGACGAAGUGACGAGACAAUUGCAAUGAUUGAGGCAUAUUUACGGGCAAACAAUAUGUUUGUUGACUACAAUGAGCUUCAACAAGAGAGGGUGUACUCAUCUUAUCUGGACUUAGAUCUUGCCAAUGUUGAGCCCUGUAUUUCAGGACCAAAAAGGCCUCAUGAUCGCGUUCCUUUAAAAGAUAUGAAGGUUGAUUGGCAUUCAUGUCUUGACAAUAAAGUUGGAUUCAAGGGAUUUGCUGUACCAAAGGAAGAACAGGAGAAAGUUGUGAAGUUUACAUACCAUGGGCAACCUGCAGAACUUAAGCAUGGAAGUGUUGUUAUAGCAGCUAUAACAAGUUGCACAAACACUUCAAACCCAAGUGUGAUGCUUGGAGCGGGUCUUGUUGCUAAGAAGGCAUGUGAAUUGGGGUUGGAGGUUAAACCAUGGGUUAAAACAAGUCUUGCCCCAGGUUCCGGGGUGGUCACAAAAUAUUUGCUCCAGAGCGGCCUGCAGAGUUACUUGAACCAACAAGGCUUCCACAUCGUUGGCUAUGGGUGCACAACAUGUAUUGGAAAUUCUGGAGAUCUUGAUGAAUCAGUUGCUUCUGCAAUUACAGACAACGACAUUGUUGCUGCUGCAGUGCUCUCCGGAAAUCGAAACUUUGAAGGCCGUGUUCAUCCACUGACAAGAGCUAACUAUCUUGCUUCACCUCCAUUGGUUGUGGCCUAUGCACUUGCUGGCACGGUUGACAUUGACUUUGAGAAAGAGCCGAUUGGAACUGGCAAAGAUGGAAAAAGUGUUUACUUCAAGGAUGUCUGGCCUACCAGUGCAGAAAUAGCAGAGGCUGUUCAAUCUAGUGUGCUUCCUGAUAUGUUCAAGAGCACGUAUGAAGCUAUUACAAAGGGCAAUCCAAUCUGGAAUCAGUUAUCAGUACCUUCAUCAAGUCUUUAUUCAUGGGAUCCAAACUCAACAUACAUCCAUAAGCCUCCAUAUUUCUGUGGCAUGACAAUGGACCCACCUGGUGCUCGUGGAGUGAAGGAUGCUUAUUGCUUGCUAUUGUUUGGAGACAGUAUCACUACAGAUCAUAUCUCUCCUGCUGGUAGUAUACAUAAGGAUAGUCCAGCUGCAAAAUACUUGAUGGAACGUGGGGUUGAUAGGAAGGAUUUUAAUUCUUAUGGUAGCCGUCGUGGCAACGAUGAGGUGAUGGCUAGAGGUACAUUUGCCAAUAUCCGGAUAGUAAAUAAACUACUAAAUGGAGAAGUGGGCCCAAAAACUAUUCACAUUCCAACAGGGGAGAAACUAUAUGUGUAUGAUGCAGCAAUGAGAUACAAGUCAGCCGGGCAGGAUACCAUUGUUAUUGCUGGAGCAGAGUAUGGAAGUGGUAGCUCUCGUGACUGGGCUGCCAAGGGACCAAUGCUACAGGGUGUAAAAGCAGUUAUUGCCAAAAGUUUUGAGAGAAUUCAUCGCAGUAACUUGGUCGGGAUGGGCAUAAUUCCACUUUGCUUCAAGCCUGGUGAAGAUGCAGACACGCUAGGUUUGACUGGUCAUGAGUGUUACACUAUAGACCUUCCAGCAAAAGUAAGUGAUAUAAGGCCGGGACAGGAUAUUACUGUGACGACAGAUAAUGGAAAAGCAUUCACUUGUACCGUCCGCUUUGACACAGAGGUUGAACUGACAUACUUUGAGCAGGGAGGCAUCCUUCACCAAGACGAGAGAGAUUCUACAAUGGACGCAUCCGAAAAUUUUAUCCCGUUUCCACUAUGGGAUCAGGAGAAUAGUCCUAAGCUAUUUGUGCAGUUACACGCCUGCCUCCGAUCCCGUUUUCGCCCAACAAGUUACAUGGUUGAGCUAGACAUUCAAAUUCCUACCACUUACGAUCCAUUUGCUGAGGCCAAAGAUUCAGGUGCCCCCGGUGCAAAGGAGUAUGUGCAUAUAAGGAUACAGCAGAGGAAUGGUAAGAAAAGCCUAACUACAGUCCAGGGGCUGAGGAAGGAGUUCAGCUACGAAAAGAUCCUUAAAGACCUCAAGAAAGACUUCUGCUGCAACGGUAAUGUCGUACAAGACAAAGAGCUGGGGAAGGUGAUUCAGCUCCAGGGCGAUCAGCGUAAGAAUGUUUCUCAGUUUCUCGUUAGUGCAGGACUUGUGAAGAAGGAUCAGAUCAAGAUUCAUGGUUUCUAA